AUGGCUCUCCCUCCUCACUGCGACGUCCUCGUCAUUGGAGGCGGCAAUGCCGGUUUCUGCGCCGCCAUAUCAGCAGUUCAAUCUGGUGCUCAGAAGGUGAUCAUCAUUGACAAAUGUCCUGAAAACUGGGCGGGAGGAAAUUCUUACUUCACUGCAGGAGCAUUCCGGACUACCCAUGGUGGUCUGGAGGAUCUCCUUCCUAUUGUGAAUAACGUUGAUACGGCCACCGCGCAGAAGAUUGAUAUGAAUCCGUACACAGCGGCUGACUUCACGAAUGACAUGGAGCGAGUGACAGGAAAGAGGGCGGACCGUGAGCUCAGCCGAGUCCUCGUCGACGAUUCGAAUGCAACUGUCAAGUGGCUUGCGGAGAAUGGUGUUCGGUUCCAGCUUUCUUUUAACCGACAAGCGUAUGAGGUGAACGGUCGGAUCAAGUUCUGGGGGGGUCUAGCCUUGAAGACCCAGGAUGGAGGCAAAGGGCUCAUUCAAGACCACCUCCGGACGGCCCAGAAACUGGGUAUUGAUGUUUUCUUCUCAACGGCUGCAGAGAGGCUCGCCACAGACCCAGUGACCCGUGCUGUAUCGUCGGUGUCGGCUGUGCACCAUGGCCAAGUGAAGGUGAUCAAGACAAACGCCGUGGUACUCGCUGCUGGUGGCUUCGAAGCCAACUCGCGGAUGAGAGCACAGUUUCUGGGGCCCCAUUGGGACACCGCCUUAGUUCGCGGUACCCCGUAUAAUUCGGGCGAAUGUCUCGAGAUAGCCAUCCGCGAUGUAUCAGCUAAACAAGUUGGCAACUGGUCCGGGUGUCACUGCGUGGCAUGGGACGCAAAUGCACCCGCCAAUACAGGGGACCGCGAGAUCUCCAAUGAGUUUACCAAGUCUGGCUACCCAUUAGGGAUCAUGAUCAACCGUCAAGGCUCUCGAUUUGUGGAUGAAGGCUCGGAUCUACGCAACUACACCUAUGCUAUGAUCGGGCGACAAAUCCUGCAUCAGCCCGGUCAUGUUGCGUUCCAAAUCUGGGAUUCGCGGACAAUCUCCUGGCUGCGGGAGGAAGAGUAUCGACCAGAAGUGGUGCAGCACAUUACAGCAUCGUCGAUAUCAGAGCUGGCGGCGAAAUGUGCGGCGGAGCAUGAUCUGGAGGACAAGGAUCGGUUCGAGCGGACGAUCCAUGAGUUUAAUAACGCAGUUUAUGAGAGUCAACGGCUGAAUCCUGGCCAGCAAUGGGAUCCGGCCGUAAAGGACGGCCUCUCAACUCAGUCGAAUGCAUGUGCACUCAGCGUCCCCAAGUCCAAUUGGGCGUUGCCUAUCGACCGGCCUCCGUUCCUGGCUGUAAAGGUCAGUGCGGGUAUCACCUUUACAUUUGGUGGUUUGGAGGUGAAUCCAGAGACAGCUGCUGUGGUUUCGUCUACGACGAACUGUGAAAUCCCUGGGUUAUACUGCGCUGGGGAGAUGGUUGGGGGACUCUUCUAUGACAAUUAUCCCGGGGGUAGCGGGUUGACGUCGGGAGCGGUUUUUGGACGCAGGGCAGGGAGAGCUGCUGCCAGGGCUUCUACAAUUGCUGUCCGAUGA